UUUAAUUAGAACAGCACAAAGGUAGCAAAACGAUAUCACAUUUACACGGAAUACAAUAACGUUAUAUAAGUUUUAAACUAUGCCGAGGUAUUUUAAGGUGUGUUCAUGUUCGUGUCCUGGUAAAGGCAGUUUAGAGGAUCUACUAAGUUGUGCCCCAUGCCCGCCGCCGAUGAUUUCUUACGAGGAGUUUCGUAACCACGCACUUAAUCGGAGUUUAUUACUGAAGGAAGUGUGUAUAAUAGCUAGAAGAUGUAACAUCAAUGGCACUGAUAUUGGUGUAGACUGUCCACCAAGCACUACGAUACACACGCAUAAGGCAGGAAACCAGUCAGGACUUUUUGUUUUCAUUACAGUGGUGCCAAUUAUUAUGUUGGCGGUUAUUUCAAUAAUACUUUUUAUAAAAGGUUUACGAAAAAGAGAAAUAAAGAGUAUAUAUCCUUCAUGCAUUGAAAAGAAUAAAAAGAAUGAGAGGUCAAAUGAAGAUAAACGUAUUCGGCCAAAUGUAAAUGUUGUCGGAGUAAAGAUUACUCUGCACACUCCUGGGUACUCUACUGACACAGAAGAAACUACUGCAUUAAUAAAUGUUGUGGCGGAAGAAAGUAAAACAAUCACCGGCAACGAUUCAAAGGGUAAUAAAGAAUACAUUCACGAUACAAAUGUAUAUAAAGAACAAACAGAGCCAGUUCAUUUAGAAACAAAUGUUCAGGUCAGUUUAGAAUCUAUUCCAAAAGAAAAUUCAGACAGGAAUGUGCAGGACAAUUUAGAGCCUAUUUCGAAAGCAAAUGCAGACACAAGUGUUCAGGAAAAGUUUUAUCCUAUUCUAAAAGAAAAUUCAGAGACAAAUGUUUAGGAAAAGUUAGAACAUGUUCUACCAGAAAAUUUAGACACAAGAGUUCAGAAAAGUUUGGAACCUAUUCUUCUAGAAAAUUCAGAAUCAAGUUUUCAGGAAAAUGUGACGACCAGUGUUCAAAGACGAUCAGAAACUUGUUUUCAAGGAUAUGAUAACAGCAGCAUUAAAGACGCUGAUAAUGAUUCUUUUCAUUCAGCGUAGGGUGAACCAUACACUGAUAUUUAAAUCAUUACCACACAGACAGGUUACGUAUAAGCGUUCUGAGCUGAUUAUAUUUCAUUUUAAUACAACAAAUCCUGUUUAAUUUUGAUAGGGUACGGUGACGUCAUUUUGAGCUUCUUCUUGCUACCUGGAAACAGUACUUCCAUAUUUGAUCUACUUUAUCAUAUCAGAACCGACAUAAUAUAUAGAUAGACAAGUGUUUUACUUUAUUCAAACAAUAUAGGCCCUACCACGUACAAUACUCACGCAGAGUUUACCCUUGUGAAAUUAUUCCACCGGACGUAUAACCUCUUCGCCAUGUUUAAAUUAUAUAAAGCAUGCUUCUGUUGUAUACUUA